GACGCCCACAACGACGGCCCAACGACUGGGACCUUUUGAUGUGGAUUGUGGAUUGUGGAUUAUCUUGGUCGGUGGAGCUGAUAUGGAGCACUGGAUCGUGCUCUUCUCUUUUUUUCCCAUCUGGAACCCUGCAACUGGUAGCUUUUGGAUUACUACGCAGUGGCUAACCGUGCCUUAUGUAAGUCAGGUAAGUGGAGGAUACCUUGGGUCAAGUAUCUAUCAGACCAAGAAUACGUCCUUCCGCCUCGUCGUCCUUUCCCUCACAUUCUUUCCCUCCAGGCGUAUCUCGUUCUUUUCGUCCUUACAUUGACUCUACACGUCUGACUUCCUUCCUCC